AUGAAGCACUUUUCUCGGUGGCCCGUCUUUCUGAUCGCCAGCACAGUCUUGAUAUAUGGAUUCUACACCGCCAACAGGGCAUUCCCCAUAAUCCCUACGCCGAGCUGGAUCACUCCAGCCGCACCGUCGUCGCUGCUCCUGGCCCAACAAGAUCUCUGGGCAUUGUUGUUUCCGCGCCUAGUCGCACACGAGCCGCAAUGCGAGCCCAUAAAGCACGUCAACGGCGGCGACUUGGUGGUCGGAUACGAUGCAUCCCGUACCACGCAACGGCCUGAUCGCCUCAACGUGACCGAGACGCAAGUCUCUGCCCUCCGCACCGCGCAUCGAGCCUUCAAGACCCAUCUCGAGGACAUGCGCUACCAACUGCCCUUCGUGAACGGCACCCGCGGCAUCGUCACCACAGCCGGAGGCAACUACCUCCCCGUCUCAGUCGUAUCGAUCCGCAUGCUGCGCGAGACGGGCUGCAUGCUACCAGUCGAAGUCUUCUUGGCCUGCGAUGACGAAUGGGACGCGGAAAUCUGCGACAACGUGUUCCCCAGCAUGUCUGCGCGCUGUGUCGUGCUCGAUAGCGUCUUCCGCCCUUCCCUCGCGGUUCGAAUCGAGAAAUAUCAGUAUAAAAUCAUGGCCAUCAUCUUCAGCUCGUUCCAAGACGUCCUGUUCCUCGACUCCGACUCCUUCCCGCUGCACGACCCGAGCGGCCUCUUCACGGCCGAGCCGUUCCAGUCCACCGGCAUGGUGCUGUGGCCGGACUUCUGGUUCGCAAGCGAGAGCCCGGCGUUCUUCGACAUUGCCGGCCUCGAAAUGCCGCCGCUGGCGCGCAUGCCGGCCACGGAAUCUGGCGAGCUCAUGUAUUCAAAGUCGAAACACACGCAGUCUCUGCUUUUGGCCCUGUACUACAACUUCUACGGCCCGGACUUCUACUACCCGCUGCAAGCCCAAGGCGCGCCCGGCGAAGGCGACAAGGAAACCUUCCUGUGGGCGGCCCUGGCGUUCAACGAGUCCUUCCACAAGGUCCAACAGAAGAUCCGCGCUUUGGGAUAUAUCACGACGAGCAAGGAGUGGCGCGGUUCGGCGAUGGUGCAGUAUGAUCCCCGCACCGACUUGCCUCGAGCGGCGGCAUCGUCGGAUGGCAGAGGAGACGAUGAGGGCAGGACAAUGGCACGGCCGUUGUUCGUGCACGCCAACUUCCCCAAGUUGAAUCCCGGCUCGAUCUUCCAGGACGUGUCGUUCGGCGUCACGGGCCCGACGAGGGAUGCGGACGGGACGAUGCGCCGGAUCUGGCACACGAGCGCGGACGAGGCCGUCGCGUUCUGCGGGUAUGAUGCGGAGAGGCGGCUGUGGAGUGUCGUAAGGGAGAUUGCUUGUCGGUAUGAGGGCAAGUUCGUCACGUGGGAGGGCCGGAGGGAUGUCUGCGUGAAUGCGACGGUGUAUUGGGACAGGGUUUUUGGGUGA